AUGAAUAGGCACGUCUGCUUCUUCCUGUUCUUCUCGUCGUUCGCCGUCCUCGUCCCGUCCCUUCAGGCGAACAUCGAGGAGUUCGAUGAGUACUGGGCAAAGCGGGCCGAAGAGGCGCAGAAGGAUGCGCUCAAGGCGUACGACCCUCACCCCGAGACCGUCACCAGUCUUUUCAAUGCGAAAGUCGACAAGGCCGUGAGGGGCAACAACAGCACGAGGAGGCAGCUAAAAAAAUACAAAGGGCCGUGCUUGGCGACCAACCCUAUCGAUAGAUGCUGGCGGUGCAAUCGGAAUUGGGCUCGCAAUAGGAAGAGGCUCGCUAAUUGCGUCCUUGGCUUCGGCAGGAAGACCCGUGGGGGCAAGCGUGGGUGGUUCUACGUCGUGACCGACUCGUCCGACAACGACAUGGUCAACCCCAAGCCAGGGACCCUACGCCACGCCGUGGUCCAGAAGGGCCCGCUCUGGAUCAUCUUCGCCGGCAGCAUGGUGAUCAGGCUCAACCAGGAGCUCAUCAUGACGAGCGACAAGACCAUCGACGCCCGGGGGGCCAACGUCCACAUCGCCUAUGGCGCCGGCAUCACCCUCCAGUUCAUCAGGAACGUGAUCAUCCACGGCCUCCACAUCCACGACAUCGUCAGGGGCUCGGGGGGGCUGAUUAGGGACGCGCAUGACCACGUCGGGCUCAGGACGGCGAGUGAUGGCGACGGCAUCUCCAUCUUCGGCUCCAGCCACUUGUGGAUCGACCACGUGUCGAUGUCGGCAUGCUCGGACGGGCUCAUCGACGCCAUCCAAGGGUCGACCGCCAUCACCAUCUCCAACUGCCAUUUCACCCACCACAACGAGGUGAUGUUGUUCGGGGCAAGUGACGGGUACUCGCAGGACCAGAUAAUGCAGAUAACCGUGGCCUUCAAUCAUUUCGGGAGGGGAUUGGUGCAGAGGAUGCCGAGGUGCAGGUGGGGAUUCUUCCAUGUGGUGAACAAUGACUACACUCACUGGCUCAUGUACGCCAUCGGCGGCAGCCAGCACCCCACCAUCAUAAGCCAGGGCAACAGAUUCAUCGCUCCUCCAAAUAUUGCUGCUAAAGAGGUGACUAAGCGGGAUUACGCGACGGAAGACCAGUGGAAGAACUGGCUGUGGAAAUCGGAGGGAGACCUGAUGAUGAACGGGGCGUUCUUUGUCAACUCCGGGAACCCGAGGGCGCGGUUCCCGUUCUCUCGGCGCGACGUGAUCAAGGCGAAGCCCGGGACGUACGUGCGGCGGCUGACUCGCUUCGCCGGCAAGCUCGGGUGCAGAGUCGGCAGGCCUUGUUAGAGAGACGCAGAUUUCUUGAAAUUUCCUUGUCCUGUUUUUAGCACGAAACAGAGGCUCCGGUCGACUGUGUUGUUGUAUUCCUCUGCUUGACAGGGAUUGGAACACGAGAGCUCCUAAUGCUAGUUGUCCCGCCUUAUUUUUCUCUUCUUCUUCUUCUCCUCUUUGUGGGAGAAUAUGCAAGAAAAGAUGAGAUGGAGCAAUUGGUCCAACGUGCGGUAAUAUUUGUAACGAAAGAAAAGAAAAAAGAAAAAAGAA